AGGUAUUCGGUCAUGCUGGCACCCUGAUAUAUUUGAAGCAUACACAUGACACUUAAUUCACCCUUCCGAAUAGUCCAUCCAGGAACGCCCACUUCCCUGGUCCAUCGAAGCUUGUAGAUCGGUGUCCGUAAUCGAGGACCAAUACACAUCCUGAAUCUUCAUUUUGAUACAAUGCGAUUCAUCAGCGACGGAGACCUACGGCAGUGGGUCCAGGAAAACCUGCAAAGGAAGCUGAUACAGCAGGCACAUGAGCUUGCAGUGCAGACCGGAUGCGAGGUUCUAGUUCGGUUACAAGAUGGAAGGGAGUCCCAAAAUUGUAAGUACUAUGUCACUGACAAGAUGAGGAACGACUUCAUGAGCUACGGCGUCAGAGCUGGACCUGGUGACCAACCAAUGUCAGGUGAAUCCGGAUUACCUAAGAAGUACGUACAUGACUUCACGUGUCAGGUGGCUUGUGAACCGAUUGGACCGAUCCCCUUUACACCAGAACCAGGCGAUCCGCAAGAGGCUGAAAUAGUUCGAGUACAACAGAAUCACCAACCCCCUGAGCCUGAUUCCCAUGUUAGUGACGAGUGGCAAAAACUGUACAGGGAGAAAUUUUGGUCUCAACAGUCGUAUCUGGCAUCCAAGGCACAGCAUACAGCCAUUAGCUUAGAGGACCAGAGACCAAGCACCAAUGGUCAACUAACGCCUGUAUAUCCACCAACUUCAUCGGUUCAGUCGGAUGUACCCGUCCCUAUGGAGAGUCAUGAGAGCAGAGAUACGGCUCUACGAAAUCUGAAGCAGUUGCACCUCCAGAGGAUAAUGAGGUGUGAGGCAGAACAGGAGACUCGCAAAACUGAAUUUACUCACCAAGCGAAUGACAACGAAUGCGUUCGGGUUAUUGCAGUCCCCCAAGAGCAUGCUGAACAACGCAAUGAAUUUGUAUAUGUAUCUCAACUAGAAAAAUUUCAGCUUGCUACACGACAAAUGUCGCCAUCAGAGCCGCGGCCAUCGCAAUCACACCCAGAAUUUCAGCCGCAAAACAACUUGGAACAAAAUGUAAUAGCAACUUUGCCGAACUGUCCCGAUUAUGACCCCAAAAAGUUGUCCGUAUCACCUGUUGCAACACAGCAACGCUAUCUUUGUCGCAUAUGCGAACGUACUUUUUGUGAUAUUUACAACUUGGUUUCUCACGCUAAAAUGUUUCAUUCGACACUACCAGACUUGAUUUUCUCCUGCAAUUCUUGUCCUUCUUAUUUUGAAGACGCUAGAUCACUCCACGAUCAUCUGAUGACUCACGGAGAUCUUGGGUUCUUUGCAGGAGCAGCAUGCCUAAUAAAAAGUCAUGGUAAAGAUCGACAAAAUGUUGUACAACAGCGUCGAUUCCCUUGUCCAGAGUGCGGGAAAAUCUUCUCCAGGUUUGGCUUCAUGCAGAGUCAUAUUGAGCGCGUUCAUGGUGGAACUAGGAUUGCUGCGUCAAUAGACACAACUGCCUUAUCCAAAGACACCACUGGUACUGCCGAUGUUUCUAUGGCAUCCCCAAUAGGACCUAACACAAGAAGCCCAGCCGAAUUUGCCGGUAAACAAAAAAGCACAUUUGCAAACUUGUACCAAUGCACGGACUGCGAUGAGAGGUUUGAAAGUCCCGAAAUCCUCCAACAGCAUAUCAAGGAGUCGCAUGUUAGUCCGAAGACAAGUUCUGCACCUCCUUCGUUCACAGGAAAUGCUGAACCUCCGGAGCAGCGGCUAAGGUCCAAGUCGCAAGACGUUUUAUCCAUUGGAAAAGAAAUCUUCACAUGUCAAGAAUGCGGAAUGCAGUUUCCUAGAGGAAAGCUACUGCAGAACCAUGUCAAUAAAUAUCAUAUUCCAGGCGAUCCCACCAUGGAAAGUCACAGAGAGGAUCGGCUUGAUACCGCAAAGAUAGCCACUCUCCAAUCCAAACAACAGUGCAGCAACGCAGCCAACUCCGCAGUAGCAGUAAAGACAGAACCUAAUCAAGAGAUACUAGAUUUAAGCACGAAUAACUCUCUUACUUACUCCAAUCAAACUUUACCAGGUGACCCUAGCGUCGUGCCUUCUUACUUUCCAAACAGCAGUCCUGGUACACCACGGAACGAGGAUAAACAGAAUGAGGAUGAAGAAAUGUCCAUUGAAAAUGAUCAAUUUCCUGGCCAGAAGCGAUUCGCUUGCGAUGUCUGCGGCAAAACGUACAAGUACGGAUUCCAUAUGAAAGAACAUCGUUUGACCCACGCUGCGGUGUGUCCGUUUGUUUGUCGUAUGUGUGGCAUGGGGUUCUUCAGGCAGAGGCAGCUAAGGGACCAUGAACUUAGGCACACAGGAGCUUAUCCGUGCCACUGCGAAAUAUGUGGCAAAGGGUUUCCUCGAACGUCAGAACUAAAGAGACACUUAGCUUUCCGCCAUUCUAGUCAUCUAGAUCUGUUUACUCGAAAAAAGCUGACGUCUUUGAGGAAUGAACAGCAAACUUAGUGUCCAAAGUUUCUUUGAACAUAACUUGUUUAAUUUUAAGACCUUGUCGCGGUUGACUUACAGAAAUUUAUAUGCUUAGUGAUUUUAGAUACGGUGUUUAUGAAAUGAUGAUGUUAGUGUUCAGAGUUAUUGAAAUUAAAAAAAUGCUGCUAAAGUGCUGAACCUAGCUGGGUUUAGAAAGCAGAUACCGAUUGCGAUAGGACAAUAUCAGGUGAAUACAUGCCCUGCUAUACACAAUCAUCCUAAUUUUCAGCGGAAAUUCUGGGUUUUGGUCUCGAAGAUGAAAUUAUAUAAAAGUACAUUCGGUGAGAAAUAUCGUUGUACUGAUUGAAAAAGGGGAAUUGAUUAAAGAAAUAUAUAUAUAUUGGGGUCAUUGGGCUAUAUUAAAAUAUCGAUGAUGAUUGACUCUACGGAUCAUCAUCUUACGCGAAACGCCAUUUCGAGCAGCCCCCCCCCCCCUCCCAAAGUUAUGGGCUCUUUACGCCACUGCCAUCUGAUUGUGUUUUAUCAUGGUAGGCUCCCACAACACUUUAAAAAAAAUCGUUCCUCGACCCCGGCUCUAACCAGACCGAGUACAUAGGCUAAUUUUCCAGAAUUCAUUUUAAUCGCCUUUGAUAAUGCGGGAAAAGGAAACAAAAUAUAUGUAUUACUAUUUGUAAUACAUAUCGAUUUCUAAUGCAAUUUAUUUUCACUUUAAAUACAAAUACAAAUUCACAGCAUACAAUGUUCACAUACAUAUCAAUGAUAAAUUUGGAAUUACAAAAAAGUUCAAAGAAAUUGCUAAUUCGGAAUUACACCUGGCAUCGCGUAUGUUUACAGAAAAUAAAUCAUAAAUGAUUAUAAGAAAUACAGCAUUAAAUGAAAAUCCGAAUAUACUAAUUUUUGGUCUUGAUACUAUUUUGUAAUAUUCGUAACAUAAUUAGACGUUUGGCUGUUUGACGAUUGAACCAGUUAGGUCUUGUAAUGAUAAUUUUUUCGACAUAAUAUUGCCUUUUUACACAUGAAAGGGUUACAUUGUCAAUAUAAGAAAUGUAUAUAUAUAUUUGUUUUUUAUGAUCUAGGGGAUCUAUUGGACAUGGCAAUCCAAUAGAUGUGACCAGUGACCAGUUCAAUCAAAACGGAUAUCCAAUUUUAGUUGAGAUCUAAACAAUAAAAUCUGAAAGAAAUCUUCUUUUGUCUAUGUAGGAAUCGGGAAGUGAUGUGUUACAAGCAAAACUUUUACAUGUUCUAGGUAAAGGUUAUGCGACUAAUGUUUUAUCUUUAUAGCUUGUAUAAGGUUUGGUAAGUCUGAUAAGUUUGCUAAUUUCACUAUUUAUUUUUUCAUUUUCAAUUAAAGAAGAAAGAGUUUAUUAUAUGCCCGUGAGCUAGAAUGUGACAUGGACUAUAUUUACAAUUGCAAUAGAAUACAAUCACCCCCAACAAAAACUAAAUGAUAGAUUUAAAAAAAAUGUAUAAAACUACUUCAAUAGCAUGUAAUGAGCAAAAAUUCUAAAUAAACAUAAUAUCUUAGUAUAAAUGUUAGCUUUUGCUAUGUAGCCACAACAUGUUUAAGACAAGUGCUUGAAUAGAUUUUAUUCAAAAGUCUAAAAAAUAAAAUUUUACAAAAGCAAGGGUCAUUGCAAAAGAAGGAAAACACUUUCAGAAAGUGAUAAGAUAGUUACUAAAUGCAAAAGUUCAAUAUGAAAUUAUCAUUAUUGAACCUCUAGAACUUUAGACAAACUUUAAUUGAGAUGUAUUUUAUAGGGCAUUAAUAAUGUUAAUACUAACUACAGGUUGUUGGAGAUCUAAACCUAUGUUAACGGGUGAGGGGCCGGUUUCAUAAAUACUUACAGUAGUUGUAAGUUUGAAAGGUUUAUUGUGUUUGGCUGCUGAGUCCUGUUACCAUGGUAAUUGUCAUAUUAGCACUGAAAAUUACCAUAUUCGUAACUCUUUAUGAAACGACCCUAUAGGUGUAUGAUAUUCUCACAUUUUUGAUAAAUUUCAUUUACUGUUUGGUGGUUGGCAUUGUGAGGUUAAUCCUUAUUGAAAUAUGAUCUAGAAAUUAUAUGCUACCAAUUAUUUCAUAUACAUAUCGUGAUGUUCGCAGCGAAAUAACAUACAUAAUUAUGUCGAUGGAUUAGAUAUAAUUGCAGAAGUCGGAGACGAUGGAUAUUUAUAUGUAUAUGUUAAUUUAAAGGUAAAAUCGAUAAAUUUUCAGUAAUGUGUGAAGAAUUUUCUGCAAUGACUGUACCUCAGCUUCACUCAGAGAAUAUCAAAGUAUAUUUAAAAAAGUAAGUAAUCCAAUAUAUUUAUGUUACAAAAGGGCAUUCAACAACAUUGUGGGCACCACUUUGCCUAUACUAUGGGUGCAACUGAAACAAUAUUGUGUCUUUAAGCUAAUUCAUAUUUUAUACGAUAUAACUUUACAUGUAUAUAGCGAGAUUUCCACUUUAAUUACUGUAUUAGGCAAAGAGUUUUAUGAAUAAUAAUAAAAUAUCGAGCUUGGUCGUGUGGGUUG